GAUAAGAGAGGAGGAGUCCUGAGGGCAGCAGCUGCUGGGUGUUGUGGGUGAGGACACCCAGGCUUUGCAGCUGCUGUUUCCAGAGGAGACUCCCCAGCAAACAGUGGGUCCCAGGUCAGGAGGAGAGAAGCAGGGUGUGGGUCAGGCCAGCCCCACAAGGAACAGACUCCAUCUGAGGAAGCCCACACCACCUCGCGGUGGUCUCUUUUCCCAUCCCAGACAUGGGUUCCCUGUGGAGCUGGUGGACACUCUGGGCCGGAGCAACCCUCCUGUGGGGGUUGACCCAGGAGGCCUCAGCAAACCUCAGAGACGCCGGAGGGCAGAAAUUCAUCACAGCCUUCCUACAGAACUACCAGCCUGGGUACGUCAAGGGCCAUCUCUCCCUGGCCCUCACCAGUCUGUCACACAAGACCUCCGCAGUCACCAUCUUCAGCGGGGCAGACGGCCACACGCAGAGAAUCUCGGUGAAGCCUGGGGAGUCGGUGAUAGCCCACAUUAAUGCCCAAGCUGAGUUGAUCGGCAGCAACGUCUUACAGCAUACGGUGUUUAUCAGCUCUCAGUACAACAUCUCCGUGCAGUCCCUAAACACUCGGCCCAACACGGGGGAGAUGACGCUGCUGUGGCCUGUCAGUGCCCUGGGAACGGAGUACUUUGUGUUCACGCCCCCUAGCACCUCGUCCAAGAAUGUCAAGGAGUUUGCUGUGGUGGCUGGUGAAGAAACUGUCUCGAUCAAUAUACAUCUGAAGGGAACAGUGACAUUCAAGGGCAAGUUCUACCCAGCAGGCGAUGUCCUUACUAUAACUCUGCAGUCCGGCCAGGCGGCCCAGAUACAGAGCACAGCUGAUCUCUCAGGGUCCAAGGUCACAGCCAGUAGCCCCGUGGCUCUCCUCUCCGGCCACAGCUGUGCCCAGAAACACACAAGCUGCAACCACGUGAUGGAGCAGCUGUUACCCACAUCUGCCUGGGGCACCCGUUACGUGGUGCCCCCUCUGGCCUCCCAGACCCGCUACGAUAUGCUCUUCGUUGUGGCCAGCAAAACCACGAAACUCACCUACUACCAUGGGAGCAUCAACAGCACCAGGGGGCUCCAGGAGGGUGAGGUGGUUAAGUUUGAGAUCCGGCAAUCCAAGCCACUCUACCUGUCUUCAGAUGUGGGCAUCCAAGUCCUGCUGUUUGGCACAGGUGGCAAAAGGGACAGUGUGACCUAUGACCCCUACCUGGUCCUGAUGCCAGAUGUGAAGGCCUACUGCUCUGCCUAUGUGGUCAAUAAAGUCAAAGACUUUCAGAGUGUGGCCCUGCUGGUGGCACAGACGAAGUCUAUUGAAGAGCUGACAUUGAAUGGGCACAGGAUGGGGAAAAGUCUCACCUGGGUAACAAUAGCAGGCACUGAGUUCUCGUAUACCGAAAUAGAACUCAACAACAAUAACACGAUGCACUUAACCAUGGACACUACCAACUUCGGGCUGAUCACCUUCUGGCUGAGCGAGUCUGAGGGCUACGGGACAGCAGGGACCUGCAGCCAGAUCGGACUGCCUGCGGAACAGCCCUCCUGCAAAGAUGUGCAUUGUGCUCCCUCAAAGUAUUGCCAGAUGGUGGAUGGGGAGGCCAGGUGUGUGUCAGGUACUGUGGCCACCUGCCGAGCCCAGGGUGACCCCCAUUACACUACCUUCGAUGGCCGUCGCUACGACAUGAUGGGCACCUGCUCAUACACGAUGGCAGAGCUGAACAGCGAGGACCAGAGCCUGCCAGCCUUCACCGUGGAGGCCAAGAACGAGCACCGGGGCAACCGCCACGUCUCUUAUGUGGGCUUUGUCUCCGUGAUCGCCUACAGCCACACGGUGUCACUGGCCCGUGGAGAAUUUGGCUACGCCAGGAUCAAUAACCAGCGCUCUAGCCUGCCUGCUUCCCUGGACCAGGAUCACCUGCGUGUGUAUCAGAGUGGGAUGCAGGCCAUAGUGGAGCUGGACUUCGGGCUGGUGGUCACCUAUGACUGGGACAACCAGCUGACACUGACCCUGCCCGAACGUUUCCGAGGUCAGGUGUAUGGACUGUGUGGCAACUAUAACGGCAAUGCCACCGAUGACUUCCUCACACCUGAUGGGGAGCAGGCUCCUAACGUUGUGGAGUUUGCCGAGAGCUGGAAGCUGGAUGACGGUGACUACCUGUGUGACAACGGCUGCCAGGACAACUGUCCCUCCUGCACCCCAGGCCAAGCCAAGCACUAUGAGGGUGACCAUCUCUGUGGCAUGCUGACCAACCCCAAUGGCCCCUUUGCUGCCUGCCAUAAUAACUUGGACCCCAAACCCUUCCUGAAGGAGUGUGUAUAUGACCUGUGUGUGCUCAAUGGGGACCGGUCCAGCCUGUGCCGUGGCCUCAGCGCCUACGCCCAAGCCUGUCAGGAGCGUGGCAUUUCUAUCAAAGACUGGAGGUCACCAGCCAACUGCCCCAUGUCCUGCCCGGCCAACAGCCGCUACGAGCUCUGCAGCCCUGCCUGCCCCGCCUCCUGCAACCCCACGGCUGCCCCGGCUAACUGCUCGGGGCGCCCAUGCGUGGAGGGCUGCACGUGCCUCCCCGGCUUCAUGGCCAGCGGGGACGCCUGCGUGCCGGCCUCGUCCUGCGGCUGCAUCUACCAGGGCCUGCUGCUGGCGCCGGGCCAGCAGGUGUGGGCGGACGACCGGUGCAAGCGACGCUGCACCUGCGAUGGUGCCACCCACCAGGUGAGCUGCAGCCAGACGAAGGGCUGUCUCACCGGGGAGCGCUGCCAUGUCCAGAACGGCCUCCUGGGUUGCUACCCCCACCGCUUCGGGACCUGCCAGGCCUACGGUGACCCGCACUACUUGAGCUUUGACGGCCGGCGCUUCGACUUCAUGGGCACCUGCACCUACCUGCUGACCGGCUCGUGCAACCAGAACCCGACACAGCCCAGCUUUCGGGUGCUAGUGGAAAACGAGCAUCGGGGCAGCCAGACCGUGAGCUACGCUCGCGCUGUGCGUGUGGAGGCCCAUGGCGUGAAGUUGGCGGUGCGCCGGGAGCAUCCUGGGCAAGUGCUGGUGAAUGGCAUCCUUCAGUACCUGCCCUUCCAGGCAGCAGGUGGGAAGAUCCACGUGUUCCGCCAGGGCCAAGAUGCAGUCGUGCGCACGGACUUUGGUCUGACUGUCACCUAUGACUGGGAUGCCCGUGUGACUGCCAAGGUGCCCUCAAGCUAUGCUGAGAUCUUGUGUGGGCUCUGCGGGAACUUCAAUGGGAACCCAGGUGAUGAUUUGGCUCUGCGGGGUGGGGGCCAAGCUGCCAAUGCACUGGCCUUUGGCAUGAGCUGGCAGGAGGAGACAAGACCAGGCUGUGGAGCAUCUGAGCCAGGUGACUGUCCCAAGCUGGACUCCCUGGUGACCCAGCAGCUGACAAGCAAGAAGGAGUGUGGGAUCCUUGCUGACCCUACGGGGCCCUUCCGGGAAUGCCACCGCAAUCUGGACCCACAGGGCCCUAUGCGAGACUGUGUCUACGACCUCUGCCUGGUGCCAGGCCAGUCUGAGCUACUGUGUGACGCACUGGCCGCCUAUGCCGAUGCAUGCCAGGCCGCUGGGGCCACUGUGCACCCCUGGAGGAGUAAGGAAUUCUGCCCGCUGAGUUGCCCGCCCCACAGUCACUAUGAAGUGUGCUCCCGUGGCUGCCCGCUGUCCUGUGGAGACCUCCCAGUGCCUGGAGGCUGUGGCUCCGAAUGCUAUGAGGGCUGCGUGUGCGACGAUGGCUUUGUACUCAGUGGUGAGUCCUGUGUGCCCCUGUCCUCCUGCGGCUGCGUGCACCAGGGCAUCUACCACCCUCCAGGCCAGACCUUCUUUCCUGGACCUGCGUGCAAUUCCCUUUGCCACUGCCUGGAGGGUGGCCUGGUGACCUGUAAUCCCUCCACCUGCGGCCCGAAUGAGGCCUGCCAGCCUUCCGGUGGCGUCCUGGGCUGUGUGGCUGUGGGCUCUGCCACCUGCCAGGCAUCGGGAGACCCUCAUUAUACCACCUUCGAUGGCCGCCGCUACGACUUCAUGGGCACCUGUGUGUACGCCCUGGCUCGGACCUGUGGAACCCGGCCUGGCCUGGAACAGUUUGCUGUCCUGCAGGAGAAUGUAGAGUGGAACAAUGCGAAAGUCAGUGUGACCCGAGUGAUCACUGUCCAGGUGGCCAACUUCACCCUGCGGCUGGAGCAGAAUCGGUGGAAGAUCACGAUAAACGGUGUGGACAGGAAGCUUCCUGUGGUGCUGGAUGGGGGCCGCGUCACUGCUUCCCAGCAUGGCUCAAACGUUGUGAUCCAGACUGACUUUGGCCUGCGUGUGACCUAUGACCUCUUGUACAAUGUGCGGGUCACAGUCCCAGGCAACUACUACCAGCAGUUAUGUGGCUUGUGUGGGAACUAUAACGGUGACCCAAAGGAUGACCUCCAGAAGCCCGAUGGCUCGCAGGCAGACCACCCCAAUGAGUUCGGCAACUCCUGGGAGGAGGCAGUGCCCGGCUCUCCCUGCUUCAAGCCGCCCGCAUGCAAGCCGGGCGAAAAUUGCAACCUUCCGGUGUGUGGCCCUGAGUUGCAGGAAAAAUACCAGCGGCCGCAGUUCUGUGGGAUCCUCACCGACCCCAGUGGGCCACUGGCUGCCUGUCACAAGCUGCUUGAUCCCCUGGGUCCCAUGCACGAUUGUGUCUUUGAUCUCUGCGCGGGUGGUGGAAACCAGAGCGUUCUCUGCAGCAACGUUCACGCCUAUGUGAGUGCUUGCCAGGCGGCUGGAGGCCACGUUAAACCCUGGAGGAGCGAAUCUUUCUGCCCGAUGAAGUGCCCUCCUCACAGCCACUACAAGCUCUGUGCAGAUACAUGCUCCCUGACUUGUUCUGCACUCAGUGCCACCCCGAAUUGCCCAGAAAACUGUGCAGAGGGCUGUCAGUGUGACCCCGGCUUCCUCAGUGAUGGCCAAGCCUGCGUGCCCCUCCAGAAAUGUGGCUGCUACCACAGUGGUGUCUACUAUGAGCCAGGGCAGAAGGUUCUCAUUGACAACUGCCAGCAGCAGUGCGUGUGCCACACUGGGACAGGCCUGGUGUGCCAGAACCACAACUGUGAGCCGGAGUAUGUGUGCCACUCCACGGCAGGCAUCCUGAGCUGUGUCAAAGAACUGUGCAAGGGUAAGAACUGUCGGCCACAGGAGACAUGCCAGGAGAAGGAUGGCCAGGGUGUGUGUGUGCCCAACUAUGAGGCCACGUGCUGGCUGUGGGGCGACCCCCACUACCACUCCUUCGACGGCUGGAACUUUGACUUCCAGGGCACCUGUAACUACGUGCUGGCAACAACCAGCUGCCCAGGGGUCAACACCCAGGGCCUGACACCCUUCACCAUCACCACCAAGAAUGAGAACCGGGGAAAUCCCGCUGUGGCCUACGUGAGGAUGGUCACUGUGACUGCCCUCAACGUCAACAUUUCCAUCCACAAAGGCGAGACUGGCAAAGUCCGGGUGAACGGUGUGCUGACAGCGCUGCCUAUCUCUGUGGCUGGCGGGCGGCUCUCAGUGAGUCAGGGCACAUCAAAAGCGAUGCUGACAACUGACUUCGGGCUGCAGGUCAGCUAUGACUGGGACUGGCGAGUGGAUGUGGUGCUGCCCAGCAGCUAUCAUGGCGCAGUGUGUGGCCUUUGUGGGAACAUGGACCGCGACCCUAACAAUGACAGAGUCUUCCCCAACCGCACACUGGCUUCCUCAAUACCCAUCUGGGGUGGCAGCUGGCGAGUCCCAGGCUGGGACCCACUGUGCUGGGAUGAAUGUCAGGGGUCCUGCCCAACAUGCCCUGAGGACCGGCUGGAGGAGUACAAGGGCCCUGGUUUCUGUGGACCCCUGGCCGCUGGAGCAGGAGGCCCCUUUGCUGCCUGCCAUGCCCACGUGGCACCUGAUAGCUUCUUCAAGGGCUGCGUUCUGGAUGUUUGCCAGGGCGGUGGGGCCCAUGACAUACUAUGCCAGGCUCUGACUACCUAUGCUGCUGCCUGCCAGGCUGCUGGCAUUGCCAUCAAGGACUGGCGGGCACAGGCUGGCUGUGAGAUCUCCUGCCCCAGCAACACUCACUACGAGCUCUGUGGCCCACCGUGUCGAGCCAGCUGCCCAUCCCCUGCACCCUCCAAGAUCUCAGCCCCAUGUGAGGGCCCCUGCACUGAGGGCUGUCAGUGUGACUCGGGCUUUGUGUUGAGCAUAGACCGCUGUGUCCCUCUGGAUGGCGGCUGUGGCUGCUGGGCCAACAACACCUACCACGAGGCAGGCAGUGAGUUUUGGGCGGGUACUACCUGCUCCCAGAGGUGCCACUGUGGACCUAAAGGUGGCUCGCUGGUCUGCAAGCCUGCCAAGUGUGGGCUAGGUGAAGAAUGUGCCCUGCUGCCUUCAGGCCAGUAUGGCUGCCGUCCUGUCAGCACGGCUGAGUGUCAGGCCUGGGGUGACCCCCAUUACAUCACCCUGGACGGACACAAAUUCGACUUCCAGGGUAGCUGUGAGUACCUGUUGAGUGCACCCUGCCAUGCACUCCCUGCGGGGGUUGAGAACUUCACCGUCACUGUAACCAAUGAGCACCGGGGCAGCCAGGCCGUCAGCUACACCCGCAGCGUCACCCUGCACAUCUACAAACACUACCUGACCCUCAGUGCCCGAUGGCCCCGACAACUGCAGGUGGACGGCCAGCUCGUGUGGCUGCCCUUCCAGCUGGACUCCCGCCUGAGCGCGCACCUGAGCGGCCCCGACGUGGUCCUGACCGCGGCCAAUGGGCUCUCGCUGAUUUUCGAUGGGAACAGCUUCGUGCGCCUGCGCGUGCCGGUGGCCUACGCGGGCACCCUCUGUGGUCUGUGUGGGAACUACAACCAGAAACCCGAAGACGACCUGCAGGCGGUGGGCGGGAAGCCCAGCCGCUGGCAGGUGGGCGGUGCCCCGGACUGUGGGGAGUGCAAGCCCGGGCCUUGCCCAGCACCUUGCACGUCGGAGCAGCAGAAGCCCUUCGGUGGCCCGAAGGCCUGCGGAGUGAUCUCGGACCCUAAAGGCCCACUGGCGCCCUGCCACCACCUCCUGCCACCUGCACAGUAUUUCCAGGCCUGUUUGCUGGACGCCUGCCAGGCUCAGGGUCAUCCGGGAGGCCUCUGUCCGGCUGUGGCCGCCUAUGUGGCAGCUUGUCAGGCCGCCGGGGCUCACCUUGGCGAGUGGAGACAGCCGGACUUCUGUCCCUUCCAGUGCCCUGCCCACAGCCACUACCAGCUCUGUGGUGACUCCUGCCCUGUGAGCUGCCCCAGCCUCUCAGGGCCUCAGGGCUGUAAGGCAGCCUGCCGAGAGGGCUGCGUCUGCGAUGUCGGCUUUGUGCUCAGUGGUGACACCUGCGUGCCUGUGGGCCAGUGCGGCUGCCUCCACGAGGGCCGCUACUACCCGCUGGGCCAGACCUUCUACUCAGGCCGUGACUGCAAGCGACGCUGUCAGUGUGGGCCGGGCGGCCACGUCAGCUGCCAGGAGGGCCUAGCCUGCCAGCCCAAUGAAGAGUGCCGGGUAAAGGAUGGUGUCCAGGCCUGUCACCCUAAAGGCUGUGGCCACUGUGUGGCCACGGGGGGCAUCCACUACGUUACCCUUGAUGGACGUGUCUAUGAUAUGCAUGCCUCCUGCUCCUAUGUCUUGGCCCAAGUCUGCCAGCCACACCCUGAAGAUGAGGACUUUGCCAUUGUGCUUGAGCAGAAUAAAGAGGGACAGCCCCAACGGCUGAUGGUGACUGUAGCUGGCCAGGUUGUGGGCCUGGCUGGGGGCCCGCAGGUCACUGUGGACGGCGAGGCUGUGGAACUGCCUGUAGCUGUUGGCCAUGUGCGCGUGACCCCUGAGGGCCGGAACAUGGUUCUGCAGACGACCAAGGGGCUGCGGCUUCUCUUUGAUGGUGAUGCCCACAUCCUCAUAUCCAUCCCCGGCUCCUUCCGUGGCCGGGUCUGUGGCCUCUGUGGGAACUUCAACGGCAACUGGAGUGAUGACUUUGACCUGCCCAGUGGCACUAUAGCCCCCAGCGUGGAUGCCUUUGGAGCUGCAUGGCGGGCACCCAGCUCCUCCCAGGGCUGUGGCGAGGGCUUUGAGCCCGACGGCUGGCCCGUGUGCUCAGCAGAGGAGACAGCGCCCUACGAGAGCCUCAAGGCCUGCGGGCAGAUCCAGGACCCCCAGGGCCCCUUCUCGGCCUGCCAUGCAGUGCUGAGGCCCUCUGAGUACUUCCGCCAGUGCGUGUUUGACUUGUGUGCCCAGAAGGGCAAUAGCACCUUCCUCUGCCGUAGCCUGGCUACCUACACCGCUGCCUGCCAGGCAGCAGGCAAGGCCGUGAAGCCCUGGAGGACAAAGAGCUUCUGCCCGCUCCAGUGCCCUGCCCACAGCCACUACUCCGCCUGCAUGCACUCCUGCCAGGGCUCCUGCGCAGCUCUCUCUGGCCUCACGGGCUGCACCUCCCAUUGCUUUGAGGGCUGCGAGUGUGAUGACCGCUACCUGCUCUCCCAGGGCAAGUGCAUCCCUGCCAAGGACUGCGGCUACACCCACGAUGGCCGCUACUUGCCGGUGAACUCCUCCGUGCUGAGCUCAGACUGCCUUGAACGCUGUUCCUCUUCUUCAAGCACGGGCCUGACGUGCCAGGCAGCUGGCUGCCCUCCAGGCCGAAUGUGCGAUGUCAAAGCUGGGGUCCGGGACUGCUGGAUGCCCCCUGGUCUCUGUUCCCUCUCUGUGGGCUCCAAUCUCACCACCUUUGAUGGAGCCCGCAGUGCCUUGAGCAUCCCCGGCAUCUACGAGCUCUCUUUCCGCUGCCCAGGAAUACAGAAGAUCACCCCCUGGUUCCGUGUGCUUGCUGAUGUCCACUCCUGCCAAGGCAAAGCCACAGCUGUGAGCCAGGCUCACAUCUUCUUCCAGCACGGGCUGGUGACUGUGACCUCCAAUAAGGCCGUGUGGGUGAAUGGUCUCCGAGUCCACAUAGUUGAUUCCCCAGCUGACGUGUUAACAUCUGUGUCCGUGAGUCGGAAUCCCGAUGGCUCCGUGCUAGUCCAGCAGAAGGCAGGGGUCCAGGUGCAGCUGGGCACCGAUGGGCAGCUGAAUGUGAUGGUCAACAAUGACUAUGCUGGGACGCUGUGUGGUGCCUGUGGAAACUUUGAUGGGGAGCAGGCCAAUGAUAGGCAUGACUCCCAGGAAAUUACAACAGUGAAGCACUGGAGAGCACAGGACUUCUCCCCAUGUCAUGCCUGAUCAUCAUCCACCGGAAAUGACGACUUCAGGACCUGACCCCCCUGGAGGUUGCAAUAAUUGAAGGAUGCACAUUGUCACUGCAUGUCCCUUCCCUGCUCUCCCCCUGUGCUGAGCUGCUGAGGCUGACUGUGAGAGCACUGAAUAAAUAU